AUGUCAAAACUUAUUAUCAACCCAGAAAAUAUAAAUGUAAAAGAGGUAAAGACAAGAAUCAAGGUAGCAAAGACAAUCACAAAUAAAAAAGAGAAAAAAUCCAAUCUUUCGAAAAAACAAAUUAACAUUCCGAUACCCGAAUCAUUAUCACCAACAUUCGAUUUAUUAGGUGUUUCUGGUGACGGCGAAGUAAUCGAUUUAAUAGACCUUGACACUCUUCCACAAGUAAAACAAGAGCCAGUGGUUGUGAUAAUCGAUGGUGGUGAAAUAGAAAACAAAGAGAUAAUAGCGCCAUCACAACCACUAGCAAAUUUAGUUAGUGAAGUACCAUUUUAUAAACGUGGUGAUCUUCAAAUCGUUGGUGGUAUUCUCGCAAUUUCAGCAUUGGGUUACGUAAUUUACAGAUACUGGCCAUCAUCCGCUGUUAUUACAUUACCAUCCACAGUGAAAUCCGUUGUUAAAGAAGUGAUAGAAGAUAGCGUUGUGUCAACCUUAUAA